GAAAAUGUCAAUUUUAAAAUAAGAAGAUUUAUUUCUUAAUUAAGACGAUAAAUUGGAGGCAGAAGCUAUCGCUAAAAACGGAUAACAAGAUCCUCUGCUUAUUGUCAGCGUUUAUUCUUUCCGGAUCGUUUUGAAUGACUCGAUGUUAUAUAUCGAACAUUGUGAAGGAUACACGACACCCCUGUGUAACGAGAUACCAGCCGCUAGUACGAGGAGAAAGCUGAAGAGGAGAAAGAAGAUGAAGAAGACCUAUGUUCGGGGUUUAUAAAAGUUGCUGUUGGAACCAUGUCCUUGAAAACGGAAACCGUUACGGAAAUGCCGGCGCCUAUACAUCAUUGCUAACGCGUAAUUUUUCAUUAUAACGUUAACGAUGAGCAUCCACGUAAUUUAUUCGUUUCUUCAUUAUAUCAUUAUGUCAAACUUCCGUGGAUGUUAAUUAAAUUUCCAUUGAACGACGAUCGACUUACUAAGAUCUAACAAUGUAUUUGAAUUUUAUAUUAAUUGUAAACCAUCAAUAUAGCUGAGAAAAUUCUUGUAGAGCUUCGACCAAACUUAAUCUCUUUAUAAAUCAUUUUUAACUCAAAUUAUAUUAUUAGACUUUUGAUCUUUAGUGUUUCAUUAAAAUAACUUAACGUUCUUCUCAUCAUUUUUUCUUUAAAAAAAAAAAAAAAAAAGAGAUAUUCUGGACUCUACAUUCAACCGUCAUGCAAACCUGCAGAAAACAUGUUGCAUUAGAGCAACUUCGACAAAAAUAAAUCGAUUGCCUCAUCGCGCUCUCGGAUGCGUCGCCGUCGCGACGCAUUUUAUAAUAAAAGCGCGUGUACAUACGUCCUUCCGCCUCUGAAACUCCUAGUUUGCGUAGUGAGAGAAACCAUUUAGAAACCAAUGAGCUUCUAAUGAAGGUGGAGCUUGUGACGAAAAUCUCCACCUACUCUUAAAACGCUCUAUUUCCCUCUGCUUGCCCGCGAGGAACGACAGCACGAACCGGGAGAAGAUUGAGGAGAACGCAAGACGAGAGAUGAGAAGACGAAAGAGCGAGAGAGAUAGAGGUGAAGAAGCAGAUGAGGACCUUUAAGUACGUCUUAACUCGGCCAAGUCAGUUGGCAUCUCGCCGCUCCGAGCAAAAUGAUGCCUUCGUUUUCGAGCGCGGUCCCGCGAUCAAGCAUCUCAGUCAGCGAUGCCUAGUUAACGUCCUUGUGUUACACAAACGUAAAAAUUAUGUACUUCAGAGUUACAUUUUACCUAUGCUUAACGCAAACCAGACUGUGUGCACGUGUAUCGAUUUCUUGAAUCUGCAAGUGAAUGGAGAACUUUUGCCAAGUUUAGUUUAUGAAAUAGAAAUUGGACAGAACGGAACAAGAGGGUGUGCGAAAGUGUUUGAUCUCAGGUGAGGCUUCAUCUCGCAGAAUCAGGACGAUGUUCGCGCGUUGACUAAAGAUAUAAAUACGGUACAAGAGGAGAAUGUUAAAAGAUUAACAGUCUCUCGCCAAAAGCCGAGAACUCGUAAACGAAAUCGUAUUGAUUGCCAUGCCGAUGAGGGAAGGUGCGAAAAAAGAAGAAAAAUGUUAGACGCGAUGGAUGCGGAGCAAAGCGCGAACAACAGCGUGAUAGUGUCGCAGCUUGCGAGUUCGCAUACGCCACAGGAUUUCACGGUCUCACGCCUGCUGUCCACGUCUACGCAAUCCUUGGAUUGCAGCGAAACCUCCUCCACUACUGGAAACAGAAGACCCAGGAGGAGCAGGACGACCUUCUCAGCGCAACAGUUGGCCGCGUUAGAGAGAGUGUUUGAGAAGACGCAUUAUCCGGACGCCUUCGUUCGCGAGGAAUUGGCGACCAGGGUGUCUCUGUCGGAGGCUAGAGUGCAGGUAUGGUUCCAGAAUAGGCGAGCAAAGUUUCGGCGAAACGAGCGGAGCUCGGCGAUGAACCGCGGCGUCUCCGCGGGUAGAGAGAUGGAAGCCGCGUUACCGCUGCGUCCCAUCAGGGUGUCGCAUACCUCGCAGCACAAUGCGGAAAACAAUACGGAAUCAUCGCAGAACGCGACCACCCAGGUAACGGCCCAAUAUUCUUACGGCGAUUAUUGGAGAACGACGCCGCAGCAUUACGCGAUGCAAACCGCCGGCUGUCACGGCUUCGCCGCGAACGGCGGCCUGGCGAACGUGAGUCUGCCGCCGUACCAUCACCAUCAUCACCAUCAUCAUCACCAGACCGACAUCCACCACGGGCCCCUCGACGGACCCACCGUGAACAGCCUGAACGCUCUGAGACUGCGAGCACAUCCCUAUGGCUCGACGUAUCCGGCGAUGCACGCGAGUAUGUGAUAUCGUUCGCAGGUAUCGAAUCUGCGGAAUGGGAAUGUGUAGUACAUUUGAAUUGCGCUUAACAUAAUCUCAUUCUGGAGACGCGAUGUGAGGAACCAUUCAUCCCAGAUGUUGUCGAAACCAAAGAUAAAAUUUGACUGUCAAAAAUAAAUUUAAGAUCGCGACCUGAGAUGUUGGGACUCCAAGGAUGCUAAACGUCUCGCACAGUAUCGGGAUUUUAUGUGCAAAGGUGAUAAUGCAAAUGUUCUGCAGAUUAUCGCUAUAAAAACGUUCAUCGUAUGCCUUAACCAAUGAUAAUCAUUAGAUAAUGGUUAGAUUAAGUUUAAACUGUAAGUUUUGAACACACAGGGUAACGAAUAAAUAAGUCAUCUUUUUCCCGUCGAUAGAAUAGCAUGUUAAGUUACGAGAAAGUAUAUAUUGAUAUCAUAAUUAUUAAUCAUAAAUACAGUAGAACGUUAUUCUACACAAAGUUACGGCCUUAUUAGAUAUGUAGACGGUAUAGACAAAGACACUGUCGUGCAAUAAAAACAUUGAGAUUGAAGAACUUUUUUCAGGUAUGUUUUCUUAUAUAUAUAAUAAAAAAAAAAAGUA